AUGGAGCCGACAAACCGUCUCGGGGCUGUUCAGCUACAGAAUCGCCUCGACUCACUAAUUUUUGGAUAUUUACAUCGAAUGGGGUAUAUCAAAAGUUCGGAGGCGUUGACGAAUGAGUCGGCUUAUUUGUCGUCUGCGGAUCGAAAAGUGCAGAUGGGUGGUCAAAUGGCAUUCAGCAUCAAUGAUAGAGUGCAUGAUAGGACCCUUGAAGAGAUUAUAUUGCUGUUCAUAGAAUACGGCCGAUUCGGUAUUAGUCCCGAUCUGCUUGCCAUUAGUUCAGAAUUGCGCCAGUUAUCAUUUCGAUUGACAAAUCUUACCUGUCUACCGGCUGUUAAUCGAAGCGAAAAUCAUCAAAAAAUCUAUGGAAAAGCCACAGUAUCGCGUCAUAUGCAGCCUACUGCACUUGUAGGUGAUCAGUACAAUCCGCAGCGCGGGAAUUUUCAGACAUUUAUUGUUCAAGAAAAUCAAUCGAAUCCUUCUGCGAUUAGUUAUAAUGAUCACAUGGACGAAAUGGAAGAUGAUGAGAAACGAGAAGUUGGAUCAGCUCGUAGGAAGCCUCAUGCUCCGCAAAAUUUUAACGCGAAAGUCCGUGAGACUCUAAUUGAGCCGAUUGUUGAGAUUAUAAAUGAAAAACCAUGGGAUUCCGUUUCUGAUAUUCAUAUUGAUGACACUUCUAUUUUCUCGAAUUUGGACGUAAUUGGAAAAGAUUUUUUGGCCACAUUUGACUAUGCACCGGAAAUGGAAUCUAUGCAACAUGAUCAGCGAUUGACUCUUGGAUACAAUCCUGUUCAAAAUGAUAGUUUCGAUGCGAAUAUGAUGCAAAUUGAGAACGAAAUUGUCGUAAACACAUGCAAUGAGCCGAUUCCGGAAACUACCUAUCCGCCGCCAAAUGAUAUCCUUAAUGGGAGUUCCGAAGUAAGAUCGCUCAAGAACAUUACUGAGGUACCUGCUGCUCUUCCUCCUCACCCACAGCCACCAGCGAAUGAAUUACACCAGAAACUUACGCAUUUUGCUGAUCCUCAGCCACUUUUAAGCCCAAUUCAGCCUAUCCGAGUGAAACCACUAAGUGCUGAAAAGAAAAACCGUGUGAACUCGCCUGUUGAAGCGGAUCGCGCAGAUAAGCAUAAAUCAAAAGAACGGAAACGUGAAAAAUCUAAGGAGCGCGAUGAAAAGAAGGACGGUAGAAGAACUUCGGAAUCAAGAAGAAAUAGUUCGGAUUUGGAGUCAACGCGCGAUUCUAGAAGUAGCCGAAAUAUUGAUUUGUCACCCAAAGUUCGCGAUCGAAACAGGGAUUUUGAUAAGGAUCGAAAAAGUAAAUUGAGUAGAGAUCGUGAGGAAAUUGCUGAACGGAAACCUGUGGAAGAUUCACCAUCGACGUCAAAUUUUAAUAAAGAAACUUCUCCAAAACCAGCAUUUGAUCCGAAAUUGAAAGCGACUUUUCUUAUGAAUAAAUACCGAAAUCAGAACAAAACAAUUCCUGUGAAAAUUGAUAUGAACUUAAAGACAAGCGUCGCUGCUCCUGUUGAUUUGCUUGGAUCUAUUGAUAAGGAAAUGCAGAGCUUCGAAAAAAAAACUGCUGAUGAAAUAUCGAUUCGAAAUAAAAAACAACCCAAUGCGUCUACUUGGAAGAUUCCAAAGAAAAAUGCCGCUGGUGCUUCACCAGCUACCUCGAAGCCCCUACCUCCUGCUUCUUCUUCUUCUUCUUCUUACCAAUCGUCGACUAAGGCUGAGAACAGUCCACCGACUCCAUUUCGCUCGAAUCAGCCACCUAGAGAGAUUCAACUAAAAAAAGAAAGGGCUCGUGAAUUUGAAUUAUGUGAUGGUGAUAAUCGAAAAGACACGACUGCGUUUAUCGAUGCGAAAAUGAGCCUGAUUCGAUUGACUGCUAUGCUCGUGAAUUGUGACAAGGACUAUCGCAAUAUGCAGAGGGAACUUAAUUAUAAAAAUAACCAAAAGAACUUGAAGACUGACUGUGAUAGGCAAGAUGGAGACUCAUCUUCUGAAGAAAGUGUUGCGGAGCAAUAUAAUACAUCGAUUGUGAACACCCACCCUAAAACUGUCAAAUACGCCCCACAAAAAGUGAAUUCGUUCAAAACGCAGCAAAUGAUAGCGUUGUCUGAUGACGACGAAGGUGAGCUGAAAGAUGAAUCAGACAACAAUGACGGCGACGAUGAUGAUGAAUCGGAUUCGGAAAUUGUUGAAAAUGUUUCGACACCGCACACAUCGAAAUUUCGCGAAGGACUUUCUGUUUUAGUUGUGCAUCCGAAGGUUCGAUGGGGUUCUGGCUCAGCUUCUGUGUUGAAAAACGCGGAACGGCAACUGGAAGAAGCUGUGUCCCUUGUCGAUAAUUUACCACACAUGAGAGCAGUUGAUAGCGUAAUUUUACCUGUGGAUUAUAAUACAAAACGGAAAACGAUUUGGGCGACGGGAAACAUAGAGAAAUUGAUUGAACGAAAGGAACAAGCCCGAGCGACAGCGCUAAUGAUAAAUGUUGACGUUUUAAGUCCGACUCAACAAGAAGAAUUGUUCCGACUUUUCGAAGUGCCGAUUUUCGAUCGAUACAAUAUAGUAUUGUCGAUUUUCAAAGAAUACGCACAGACAGAAGAAGCGCGAUUGCAAAUUUCACUCGCCGAACUUCCUUAUAUAAAAAGCAGAAUUCAUGCAUUAUCGUCGAAACGACUGAAUAGUCGACCUGAGAUUUUACACAUUGAUCCGAGAUUCAGCGAAUUAGAAGGUGUCGAUUUAAACGAGAUGCUUCGAAAACGAGAGCAAGAACUUCGAAAAGAACUUCGUGAAGUUAUUCGAAAGAACGAUGAUGUAGCCGUGAAAACUUCAGUUGCUCACGAUGCAGUUGUUGCGAUUGUUGGCUACACAAAUGCUGGAAAAACAUCGUUGGUAAAGAAAUUAACAGGAGCCGAUGAAUUAGAUCCAAAAGAUCGUCUCUUCGCUACACUUGAUACUUCUCGUCAUUGUGCACGAUUACCUUCGGGACGAUACGCUCUGUUCACGGAUACAAUCGGAUUUUUCAGUGAUCUACCAAUUCAUUUAAUCGCUGCGUUCGAAGCUACCCUUGCGCAUGUUAAAAUUGCGAAUGUUAUUAUUCAUUUGCGUGAUAUCGCGAAUCCGGAUUGGCGAGCUCAAGAAGAAGAUGUUUUAGCGACAUUGAAGUCGAUUGGUGUUGACAAAAAUAUUCUUGAAACCAGAGUGAUCACGGUUGAUAACAAAAUUGAUAAAGACAACGCAGCCCAUGUUUCAGAUACGGGAAAUAAAAUACGAAUUUCGUGUAAAACAGGAGAAGGGAUGAACGAUCUUGUUCAACUUAUCGACAAAAAAGUUGUUGAAGCCACAGAUUGCAAAACAAUACGAUUAAGGCUAGAUGUUCGAUCGCCUAUUAUUGAAUAUCUUUACAGAAAUGAAUUUGUCGUUGCCGAGCCCAAAGAGAAAGAUAACACACUUAUUUUUGAUGUGGUUGUUUUGCGACGCCUUCCAAAGGCGAUGACAGAAGAGGAGAUGUUGGAGCAGAUCAGCCCGUUGCCGGAAGAAGUCAUUCACACGUUUUUCAUGCCAGCGGAUCUCUCAUUGGAACCGUUCGCGUUCUCUUCAAUGUAUUUGGUGUUCUCUCAAUUCUGUGAUUCCUUGUUGGAGUUCGAAAAACGCUUCGAUGGCUAUAUUUUCGUUGAUUCGAAGGGAAAUGACUCGAUUGCCAUGGUCGAAGCUGCUACUAAUCAAUCUUAUGCCGUGUUCGAUCGGGAAGCAAUAAAGAAGGAUUCGCGAUGUGGAACAAACGAGCAAAGUCCAUAUUAUAAGGACUUCAUCAAAAAAAUUGAAGAAGAAGCCUCGAUUCCAAUAAAAACCGUCGAGCAACAAUUGAAGAUGCUCGGAAUGGGCGAUGACACGAAAACUAAAAUUGAGAAAUUGGAAACUCCAUUGGUUCGUCAUAUAUUGGAAAAAGAAUAUAAAAAACGUGAUCGUCGUCGUCUCUAUGAUCGAACAGUUCAAAGAGCUCCAGAUUCACCGAAAAAAGAAAUUAAAGAUAUGGCGAAAGCUGAUGCUAGACCCUUCCUUGCCUUGGAAAUAAAAUGUAACCUAGUUGGAAUUACCGAUCUCAAACCCAAUGAGCCUGAGACAUUCCGCUGGCAUCUUAAGAUGAAAUGCACAAAUUGCGGAGAAGCUCCAGAACAUUGGCAAUAUAUUGUGGCACAUGAGCUUCUGGAGAUUCCGGGAAGCCGUGGACAUGCUAAUGUUGUCGAAAAAUGCAAGCUGUGUAAUCGCGUGAAUACUUUGACCAUUAUUCCGGAUUCGUUUAAAUCGUAUUCGAUCGAUAAAAACGAAAAAUGGCAGCCUUUGGUGACAUUUGACUGUCGCGGAAUCGAACCUUAUGAUUUCGAUCCGAGGAAUGAUUGGGUGGCGGCUUGGGCUGAUUAUGAUGAAAAAGCUGGAGAAUCGGUUGAAAUCUCCGAAAUCACUUCACAAUUCUCACAUGUCAAAGAUCCAAAGAAGAAGUAA